UGCAAGAAAGACAUUGAGGACCUGAAGCAUGUCCAGAGAAGGGCAAUAAAGCAGGUGAGGGGUCAUAUGAGGAGCAGCCAAGGGAACUGGGAUUGUUAUUCUAGAGAAGAGGAGGCUCAGGGAAGGCCUUAUCACUUUCUACAACUGCCUCAAAGGAGGUUGUGACAAGAUUGGGGUCGACCUCUUCUUCUGUGUAACUAGUGAUAGAAUGAGGGGUUAUGGCCUCAAGCUGUGGCAGAGGAGGUUCAGGUUGGAUGUUAGGAAAAAAAGUUCUUCUCAGAAGGGUGAGGUAUUGGAACAGACUGCCCAGGGAGGUGGUGGAGUCGCAUCCCUGCAGGUGUUCAAGAAAAGGGUGAAUAUGGCACUAAGGGACGAGGUUUGGGCAGCUGCUGUGGUGACAGGUCGACGGCUGGACUAGAUGACUGGUGUUCUUUGCAGCUUUAAUGAUUCUACAAUUCCACCAGGGCACGCAGAGCUUCCCGCUGCAUCUCAAAAAGCCGAGACUUCAGCUGACUGCUUUUGUCCCUCUUCCAGCUCCCGGGUGACUUUUCCUCAUCCAACAAACCAAACACUGCGGAACACGCAGCGCUGUCGUUAUCCAGACACUCCCUCUGAACUCGGUUCGGCUCUCGGCUCCCACCUCCCUGCCUACACCGCCUUUCCUCGCCGAUCCCCUCAGGGGCGGAGGCGGCGGGGCCGGCCGGCCCGGCGGCUGCUCUCAGUGCGCAGGCACGGUGCGAGCGGCGCUCCGGGCCGUGCAUAAUACGUGCUGUUUGGGGCCGGCGCGACGCAGAACGGAGAUGGGACCGGGCCGAGAGAGCCGCAGCUAGCGCCGCUGCGGUUGCUCAGCCGGCCGAGGGGAGCGGCGGGAGGGACAGGCAGGAAGGAUGAGCUCCUAUGCUGACAUCUGCGGGUCCAAGCAUGUGCAGGGCAGCACUGAGGGAGGUUACCAACGCUAUGGAGUUCGGUCCUACCUGCAUCAGUUUUAUGAGGACUGCACAGCUUCAAUUUGGGAGUACGAGGAUGAUUUUCAGAUCCAGAGAUCGCCUAGCAGGUGGAGCUCUGCAUUCUGGAAGGUCGGACUCGUCUCUGGGACGGCUUUCAUGCUGAUUGGUUUAAUGGUUCUUGUAGUGGGUUUUCUUGUGCCACCAAAAAUCGAAGCUCUUGGGAAAGAUGAUUUUGUUGUAGUGGAUACCCGUGCCAUUCAGUUCAAUGGGUCCCUUGAUAUAUGCAAGCUGUCAGGAGCAAUUUUAUUUUGCAUUGGAGGAACCGCCAUGGCAGCAUGUCUGCUGAUGGCUGCUUUUGCUAAAAGUUACUCCAAAGAAGAAAAGUACCUCCAGCAAAGAUUUAAAGAAAGGAUAGCAGAUAUAAAAGCCCAUGCAAACCCAGUCACAAAAGCGCCAGCACCAGGAGAAUCAAAGAUACCCGUCACUUUGUCCAAAGUUCAAAAUGUCCAACCUUCAUCUCAAACCUGACCCUUUGGUUUUGUUUCUCACUUGCAGAUCACUUCACUGGAAAAUAUCAGCUGUUGCUGGCAUAUGUGCUAGUCAAUUACAAUAUCGAAUGCUCUGCUAUACAAAUGCACAGCUGAUUGGGAAGCUGUUCCAGUAUAAAUUUAGGAUUGGAAAAAGUGAAAUUAUGUGAUUAGACCCGUAACCAAUGUAUUCAGUGUAUUCAAACAUUUUAAUCUGUGUUGAAACAGUAAGACCUUGCAACAAUGAUUAGGUAUUUUGCUUACCAGAUUGCAUCCCUAAAAAAAAAUAGAAGGUGCAUUUAUGACAGCUAUGCCAGGAAUACCUUCCAUCCCGCUCCUUAACAUUUAGAUGAGUUGGUGAUCUAUUUUGUUUUCUCUUUGUCUUUAAAGUACUUUUACUGCCUAGCUCUGCUAUCCAGAAAGCCAAGACUCUGCCCUUGUAAUUUGCACUUGUCAUCCUGUCACGUGCUGCUGUCUGUGUUGACGUAAUAACGCACAGGUAAAACAUACAUGGCAUUGGGGUGCCCUUAGUUGGAUACUGGCACACUUCCCAGUAAUGUUACUUUUCUGGGAAAGGCAAAUUAUACUUGAUCCAGAGUUCCAACCAGUUUGUGAGAACUGCCACUUUUCUCUUAAUCAUCGCCCUAUUAACAAAAAUACAAAGUAAAGAUGAGGAAUUCUUACAGAAGGAGGGGCAUCGCACUUGUGUUCCUUUGGAUUGUUUCUUUCCUUACAUUGUAUUGUUUCAAGCUCAUACAGAUUUUCAGUUGUGGCCAGGCAUGGAUUACUAAGUGUGGUCUGACAUGCCCAGGCCCCAUUUUCUGUCAGGACAUUAAUGCCAGGUCAGGUGACCUUAACAUACUUAUCUGAAAACAUUUUAAAAUGCUGUUUAUAUUUUUAUAGAUUAUAGAAAAAGUUAUGCUUAUCAGAUACAUUUGUGUAAAUGCUUACCUGAAGAUUUGUUCUUUCUCCAGAGUCCCUUCAUUAUUUUCUCACCCAGGGCAAUUAUUUCACUGUCUUAAUCUAUGGAUUUGAAUUAAACUGUAUAAAGAAAGAUGUGACAUUUGUACUCUCUGACGAUAUGUGCCACCUUAUAGUUCUGUCUAUUUUUUUGAAUGGAUUGAAUAAAAUUCUAGGUCUGAGCCAAUCACA